CGCGAAUUCAUGUGCUUAGUCGUCUGAGAAUUGUCGUCCGUAGCACUUGUUCACAAAAUUUCUGAAAAGUUUUCUGUAAAAAUGUUGUCUUCGUAUCUAAUCUACGUUUGCUUUGCCGCAUUCACAAUAGUUCUCUCAGCCAAUGCACUACAUAAAGAAGAGAAAACUUCAACGUGCCGCGAAUCGCCGAUUUUCCAAAAUUUCAAUGCAACAGGCUUUCUGGGCCGUUGGUACCUGCAUUCUAGUUAUCAUCAUGACUUUGAAGAUGGUUGCGACUGUUAUACAUCAGAGGUGGUCGCUCUUGAUGCCACCGUCACUUCAUUCCGAACUACGAAUUGUUGUCAAAUGACAAAAGUAAGCAAUGCUACCCAAAGGUGCAAUCUCAGCGUCAAUCACUCAAGGCUUACGAAUCCAGAGAAAAAGGAAGCAAAUUUUAUGUAUAUUAGGACAGGAGUAACUGUUGAGUCACGUGGUUGGAUCGUCGACAUCGACUACGACAAUUACAUGAUCAUUCAUGGAUGUGAUUACGUCAGCGAUGAAGAGGAACGUGAAACGUUAUGGAUUAUGACACGUAAUGCAGAAAUUAAUGCCAAGGUAGCGACGAAAAUUGAUGAAGUUAUUGCGGCCAACAACUUUGACAAGGACAAAAUCAUCGAGCAACGAAAAGGAGCCGAUAUAUGUAAAUCGAAAAGACCAUCGACAAGGACGGGACUGGACAAUUUAGUAUGAACUGACGGUCUAAUGCAAAAUGAGACCGAUCUUAUGAAUUUUAUGCGCCAUUAUUCACUAUAUAAUUCAAAUUAAUUACGAAAAAAAUAAAUUUCUUAAACAAUAAUUUACACAUUUUGAUUGCACGAUUUACGAAGUUUUUAUGCCAAUUUCGUUUUACUCUAAU